AACCCACAAAAGACUGUAAAGAAAACGCGAGCACCAUUUCCGGGCUCGUCACGUCGGCUAUAGUGGAGCGGGACGUCGGUCUGCGGGGCUCAGGGAGCGCAGCGGUGUCAGUUUCUAUCCCCGCCGGGCUGCUGGACGACAGCAUGGCUGCGGGAAAAGGAGCCGGGGGGAAGUCCGCCUCGCUGUGGGACAACAUGCGGGUACGGUUCGCCGUCUGCUUCCUCGGAGUCUUCGUCUGUUACUUUUACUACGGGAUAUUACAAGAGACCAUCACCAGAGGGGAUUACGGUCAGGGCGACAAUAAGGAGAAGUUCCGAUUCGCCCGGACGUUAGUCCUCAUCCAGUGUGUUAUCAGCGCUCUGUUUGCUAAAUUCUUGAUCCAGUUUUUUGAGGGCUCCAAACCGGACACCACUAAGAGCUGGCUCUAUGGAGUGUGUUCCCUGUCUUAUCUUGGAGCCAUGGUCUCUAGUAACUCUGCCCUUCUGUAUGUCAACUACCCCACACAGGUAUUGGGGAAGUCCUGCAAACCCAUACCAGUGAUGAUCCUUGGUGUGACAAUACUGAGGAAGAAGUAUCCUCUGGCUAAGUACCUGUGUGUGCUGCUCAUUGUGAGCGGUGUUGCUCUGUUUCUCUACAAACCAAACAAGAGCUCAGCGGUUGCAGACGACCAUGUGUUUGGGUUUGGAGAGAUUCUGUUGCUCGUCUCGCUGACAUUGGACGGCCUCACUGGCGUGGCGCAGGACCACAUGAGGGCCCGCUUCCAGACGAGUGCCAACCACAUGAUGCUCAACAUCAACUUGUGGUCUACUCUGGUGCUGGGACUAGCUGUGUUGUGGACAGGGGAAGUUUGGGACUUCCUUAGUUUUACUGAACGCAACCCGAGCAUCAUCUACAACAUUCUUCUGUUCGGAGUAACCAGUGCUUUAGGCCAGACCUUCAUCUUCAUGACGGUGGUGUACUUUGGGCCUCUGACCUGCUCCAUCGUCACCACCACCAGGAAGUUCUUCACCAUCCUCGGCUCGGUCAUUCUGUUUGGCAACGUUAUGAGCACAAUGCAGUGGGUUGGCACCAUCCUGGUGUUUCUCGGUCUCGGAUUUGAUGCUAAAUUUGGCAAAGGCCCAAAGAAGACGACCCACUGAAACAUAUGGAGCACCUGAGGGAAAGAUUGCAGAACAAGAAGAAACACUCUAUAGCCAGUAUCUUAUUUUCACAUGACAUCAUGAACAGGCAUCCUGUAUGUGCCUAGGAGUUUUUUGUUUUUUUUGCUAUGGUCAGAUCUUUAACUUCACUGUAUUUAAGGGAGCUCUUGUAAUUUUCAACUACAGCUUCUGUUGUGUACAGUGGAUAUGUUGAAGAGACACAGUUAACUUGGGAUCAAGUCCUGGAUGAACUGUAAAGAAGCCACUCGCAUCUUUUUGUUUUUAACUGCAAGACGCCGCACAGCAGCAGAGGAAGUAUGAUGGGCUGUAAGACAAAGAGACAAGUAUCUGUUUUUGAAACCAACUCACCCCCCCUCGGAUAGAUACUGAAACAAGCAAGGCCUGAAACAGAAAUCUCCUACAUUUCAAUCAUAAACUUCCAACCAAAAAGGUUUGGUUUACAAGUUGAUGCUUGAAUAUGUGCAAUAAUCACACAUGUAGUCAAUUUCUUGGCAAACAUUUGGCCAAGCAUCAUGUUGUUAUAAAAUAUAAAUGGUUGUAUGUAAA